AUGAGGAUUUUCCUGGUUUGGACCCUUUUCCCAGGUGGCUGGGCAGUGACGGGCCCCACGCAGGUGACAGCCGAGCAGGGUGGCUCACUGAGAGUGUCCUGCAGCUACAAGCCAGGCUAUGAGCUCUACUCCAAGUACUGGUGCCGUCCGGGCUUCCUCUGGUUUUGCUUCACCUACAUCACCCAAACCAACGGCUCGGAGGUGACAGUGACGCAGGGCAUGGUGUCCAUCAGGGACAACCACACAGCACACUCGUUCACGGUGAUGCUGAGCGGAGUCACGCCGGGGGACGCAGGCCGGUACUUCUGCGGGGUGAGGAGGAGGCUGUGGUUCAGCCUGCGGCACACCAUCGAGGUGGUGGUCUCUGCAGCCGAGGGCAGCGACGUGAGCCUGUUGGCCACCAACACCUGGUGCCCCACGGACUGUGGGGAGCCUCCAGUGCUGUCCCAGCCCAGCGUCAUCUGCCUGCUGCUCUUCCUCAGCUUGAAGGUGCCCGUGGCGCUGGCCUUGGCAUGUGGGGCUGCCUGGGUGAGGAACCGGCACAGGAGCCACGACCGGGAAAACCUGCAGCUCUUCGAG